UAGCAGGAAGUGUAAAAAUUACAGUACUGCAAUGGAGAGAUUCUCAAUAAUCUUGUAUCAACGUUUAUUAUUCUUUUUCAGCACUGUAUAAGACGACUCGGAUAUAACCGAUAUUCUGGGGUUGCAUUCGUUUUUUUGUUUGUUAUAGUGUAUUGUGGUUUAUUUAAAAAUAGGCUAAUCAUUAUCGCAGAAUCAUGAGACAAUUUGCACACCCAGCAGCUUUCGCGUACUCCAUGACAACUCUUGGUGCUGGCAUGAUGAACAGCAUUUUUAGUUUCUAUUAUGUGAAGCUCUUCUUGAAUAAGUACAAAAUAUCAGAGGGAGCUUUCCAUCAGGCACAGGUUGUCUAUAUGAUCUGGAACGCAAUCAAUGACCCCUUGUUUGGUUAUUUGCAAGACAACUCACGCAUAGAGUGCUGUUCACGUCGGAGGCUCUCAAUUUUAUAUGGAGCCCCCCUGUACUGUCUGACAUUUUUGCUAGCAUGGUUUCCUUGGAGAACGUAUGAGGAGGGUGACUGGCUGAGUGGCAUACACCUUACAGUGACCUUAUGCGCUUUUGACGGUAUGCUUACAUUCGUGCUGUUAGCUCAGUGUGCCCUCUUCGCAGAAAUCUCAGGAGACCAUCAGAACAGGCUGAGACUUAUUAAAUACAGCCAGGUUGCCUCUCUGGUGGGUUCUUCUAGCGUGCUGUUUAGUGGCCUCAUCACCAAGAACAUGGACGACUUCGCUGCCUUUCAGGGAUUCAGUGUGCUGGUGGCCGUGCUGGCAUGCGGUUCUAUGUUAUACACAGGCUUUCACAGUGAGAGUCGAUUUGAUAGUGAAUCCUAUGCGACAACUUCCCAAGGUCCCCAGAAACCAUCGCUCUCAAUGUCAUCUGUUGUCUCCAUGACCUUGCAGAUCCUGACCAACAGAGAUUUCCAGCUCUUUGUAAUCAUGAACUUUUUCCAGGUAUUUAUGGUGGCUUUCUGCAAUAACUUCACCAUGAUUUUUGCAGAGCACCUCAUACCUCAAGAUGUCUUGCCAUCACUGGCCAAGAGUUUCAUGUAUGGAGCUGGAUUCAUCUGUCCUCAGUUAUUAGUGUUGUGCAGCCAGAAUCUUCUCCAACGAAUUGGCUACUACAGGCUCAUUUUGAUGACCUUCUACGUGGAAGCAGGAGCUGCUAUAAUCAUGCUACUGUUGGGUCCAGGCAGCUACUAUUUCCUUGCAUUGUUCCUCACUGGUAACAUGGUCUUGGUUCAAGCGGCCUUCAGUCUUUUCAAUUUGCCACUGGCUGACAUCAUUGAUUCUGACCUUCAGAAAUACAAACGCAGUACUCCACUCUCAUCUAUGGUUUUUGGGACAAAUGCACUUUUUACAAAGCCCGCCCAGUCUCUGGCCCCUAUGCUGGUUGUGUCCAUCCUGAACAAAUAUGGCUAUUCAGAAAUCAAAGAUGUUGGAAAGUCUAUAGACCCAAGUGUUCUUCAGUCUCUUCAAAGCACCAUGUUUUACCUGGUAUGUGUAGUACCAUUGUGCAUCACAGCUCUGCAGGUGCUUGCAUGGAAGCCAUUCUCCAUUAGAGACAGUCAUACGUUGGACCCUAAGUACAUAGAUGGAUGAAUGUUAGCUGUUGUAUGUGUGCCUAUAUCUGAAAAACUUGUUAUAAUUGUAUAGCACAACAGACUACAGGAAUGGAAUUUAUAGAAAAAAACAAGUGCAGGUGAUUUUUUGGGUGGAAGGUUUGAAUUGAUAGGGUUGUUGGUCCGCUGAUUAUUUGUAUUGUUUCAAUUGUAUCUUGGGGUUUCUUGGAGAACAUUCAUUUAACGUUCAGAACUAUAGGGAACUGUAGUAAGGGAUAAUGUGGAUAUUCCUUUUUUAGGAAUAAUGUGGUUAUCAUUUUUUAAUAAUGACGUUAUACUUGCCAAAAAAAAAAAUGGAUGGACUGAUGCAUAAGACAUGAAUGUGUGUUAUGUCAUUAAUCUGUUGCCUAUGACAACGGUUAAUAAUACAGUUUAGCUGUCAUUAUAGAAAAGUAUUUGAUCGAUUGACUGAUUAAAAUCAGAAGUUUUGUAAUAA